UUGUUCCAUCUGGGCUCGGAAAGGCCGGACACCGCCGCCGCCACCACCCGCCCCAUCCCCUGCAUGUCACCGGACAACAUUUGGACGGCGUCAGGAGGGGACAGAGGUUUAGAAAGAACGGGCGAAACGCGGCUGGACCCCGAGCAAAGGAAGGGAAAUAUUGAUCGCAAUCGAGGGGGGAUUCCGUCACUCCGGGCUCGCGAUCCUCCCAAAACAAUGGUGGAGUCGAGGAGGAGGCGCCUUUGGCUGAGGAUGGCUGAGCUCAGCCUUGGGGAUCCACUCAGAGAGGAGCACCCACUGCUUCUGCUGGGGAGCACCAGAGGCUCAGAACCGCUCAGCACCAUGCCUGAGGCCAACUACCUGUUCUCUGUGUCCUGGGGAUACAUUAAGUUCAAGAGGAUGCUGAACAGAGAGCUGAGCCACCUCUCGGAGACGAGUCGCUCAGGCAACCAAGUGUCAGAGUACAUCUCCACCACCUUCUUAGACAAGCAGAAUGAGCUGGAGCUGCCCUGUCCGGUGCCAAAGUCCAGGGAACGGAAGAGGAGGCAGGGCCAGCAGCACCAGCAGCAGGUCGGGAUGAUGACUCAGAUCAGCGGGGUGAGGAAGGUCAGCCACACGUCCGGCGUCUCUGGAAGCAGCGGAAACCGCUUCGGGGUCAAGACGGACCAAGAGGAGCUUCUCUCAAAGGACCUGGAAAACAUCAACAAAUGGGGGCUGAAUAUCUUCAAAGUGGCAGAGCAUUCCCACAACCGGCCGCUCACGUGCAUCAUGUACACCAUCUUUCAGGAGCGAGACCUGUUGAGGACGUUCAAGAUUCCAACCGACACCUUUGUGACGUUCAUGCUGACCCUGGAGAGCCACUACCACUCGGACGUGGCCUACCACAACAGCCUGCACGCGGCCGACGUAGUCCAGUCCACACACAUCCUCCUGUCCACGCCCGCCCUGGAUGCGGUCUUCACUGACCUGGAGAUCUUGGCAGCCAUUUUUGCCGCGGCCAUUCACGACGUGGACCACCCCGGAGUGUCCAACCAGUUCCUCAUCAACACCAAUUCUGAGCUGGCUCUGAUUUACAACGAUGAGUCAGUGCUGGAGAAUCACCACCUGGCAGUGGGCUUCAAACUGCUGCAGGAGGACAACUGCGACAUCUUCCAGAACCUGAUGAAGAAGCAGAGGCAGACCCUGAGGAGGAUGGUCAUAGACAUGGUGCUGGCAACUGACAUGUCCAAGCACAUGUGUCUGCUGGCUAAUCUUAAAACCAUGGUGGAAACCAAGAAAGUGACCAGCUCGGGGGUCCUGCUGCUUGACAACCACACGGACAGGAUACAGGUACUGUGCAACAUGGUUCACUGUGCGGACCUGAGCAACCCCACCAAGCCUCUGGACCUGUACCGGCAGUGGACCGACAGGAUCAUGGACGAGUUCUUCCACCAGGGAGACAGAGAGCGGGAGAGGGGCAUGGAGAUCAGCCCCAUGUGUGACAAGCACACGGCAUCAGUAGAGAGAACUCAGGUCGGCUUUAUAGAUUACAUCGUCCACCCUCUGUGGGAGACGUGGGCCGACCUGGUCCACCCUGAUGCCCAGGACAUCCUGGACACGCUGGAGGACAACAGGAACUGGUACCAAAGCAUGAUCCCUCAGAGCCCCUCUCCUCCUUUCUACACCAGCGAUGGAGAAGGAGGCCCGAACAGGGAUCCGGAGGGGGGACCCGCAGAGAGUAAAUUUCACUUUGACCUCAGCACGGACAGUGGGGAGACGGACACUACUGCGGGAGAUCACUCAUUCGGUCAGGACGGGGGGGAAACAUCGGCACACGACGUCUCCCGACGGAAACAGAGCUGAUCGCACGGUGUUCUUUGCGAGCGGCGGUUUGGGCCGAGUUGAUUUUAUUGCAGUGGAGCAAUCCUGCAAGUCUGGCUCUCUGGAGCUGCCUGGCUGCGAGGUGGCUGACUCAGGCCACCCCUGAAACCGAGGCUUGGAAACCCUGUAAGGCAGUUUAUGAGCCACCCUUUCGAAUGGGCUGGAAGAUUGUGAAGAACGGACUCCAGAGGCACGACUUAGUCUGAACCCGGGGCGUCACAGACGGAGUGUGUGACCAGACGGCAUGAAUCUGUGAACUGGGAAAAGUUGAAAAAACUUCCAAACUUGCACUUCAGGACAUUUUCAAUCGAUGUAGAAUAUUUGGUAUCGUCUCAAAACUGGGUAAAACAUGUAAGUGUUGAACCUAAAACUACUGGUCAGCAAGUUGUGACUAAGUAGUUGUUGUUUUUUUUUCCAGUUUUUGUUUUAUUUUUCUCCUGUGCCUUUUCUUUCUCUUUUUAAGUAUUUUCUUUUUUUGUUUUUUUUCUUGUUUUUGAUAAUUUCUUCAACAUUUUCACGUAGCUGUAAACGUGUUUCCAGUUUUCUACGAGAGGACAUAACUGUCUCUUACAGUCUUCCUAAUGUCCAUCCAGGCAAUAGUAUAAGCUUACUCUCACAAAAGAUGUAGGUCGAAAAUCGGUUGACUUCCGGGCACAAUUUGCACCUUGCGGCACACCGUCACAUCAUUUUGAAAAAAUGCAUCCACGACUCCUGUAAGAGGAUGCACGUAAAGGCCAAAUAUUUGAACCCAAAUACCUCCCCUAUAUAAGCAGAGAAGUCCAAACAAUAAGAAGAUAUCCAAAGAUUCAGUAAAAAAAAAAGCACUUGGAUGAUUUCACUGCCACCCCUUCUUCAAAGUGCAAUCACAAACCUUUUCUUCAGACCCCCCCCCCCCCC